AUGUUACUAGUGAGGAUCGAUGCUGCAAGGGACUAUCGAUCUCUCUCGGAGAGUAACGGAACCUGGGAAGGGGCGAAACAAGGUGCAGCAGCGAAGAGUAGGAGUAUGGAGGCGAAGAAGGAAGGAAGAACGGAAGGGAGUGACCUUCGAAUUGUAGAACAUCCCGCCACCUUGUGUAUCGCAUCGUGUCGUACAUCCCGUGUACCGGGCAUCGCACCGCAUCCAUAUUUGGGAGUAGAGAAGUGUAUCUAA